AUGAAGUUUUUCUGUAGAAAUGAAUUUAUAAAGUCCAUAAAUUGUUUUGUUUCGCGUUAUUACUCAAUUUCAAUAGAUAUUCAAGGUCAAUUUAAAACUAGCUGUGGAAAAAAAACAUAUAAUCGUGUUUACUUGGAUAAUCAAGCUACAACAUGCGUUGACCCUAGAGUUUUGGAUAGUAUGAUGCCCUAUUUAACCCAUGCCUUCGGAAACCCACACUCAAGAACACACUCAUAUGGCUGGGAAGCAGAAAAGGCAGUAGAAACAGCCCGCGCAGAUGUGGCAAACCUAAUAAACUGUGAAAGUAAGAAUGUGAUAUUCACAUCAGGAGCAACUGAAAGUAAUAAUUUGGCAAUUAAGGGAUCCAAGUCGUUUUACGGUAGACUAGUUGAAUCCCCAGGCAAAUCUAAGAAGAACCAUGUAAUUACGACCCAAAUUGAGCAUAAGUGUGUUUUACAGUGUUGCCGUCAGUUGGAAAACGAGGGAUAUUCGGUAACUUAUCUGAAGCCCGAUAAGUAUGGAAUGAUACUGCCGGAUUUAGUUAGGAAGAAUAUAAGACCAGAAACCUUUUUGUGUAGCGUAAUUCACGUAAACAAUGAGAUAGGUGUAAUACAGAACAUCUCUGAAAUUGGAAGAAUUUGUAAGGAGCAUAAGGUAAUUUUCCACACAGACGCAGCUCAGAGCUUCGGAAAGUUACCAAUUGACCUAAAGAAUUUAGAUGUUGAUUUGCUCUCAAUUUCAGGCCAUAAAAUCUAUGGCCCAAAGGGAGUGGGUGCUCUGUUUGUAAGGACUAAGCCAAGAAUCAGGCUUCAGCCAAUAAUAGACGGUGGCGGCCAGGAAAGGGGACUUAGAUCAGGAACUUUGCCAACCGCUUUAGUUGUAGGACUUGGAACCGCAGCCAAAAUAGCGAAAAUGGAAAUGAAAAGGGAUCAACUCCAUAUGGAAAAUCUCUUCUUCAAGCUCUAUAAUGGUCUUAGUGCUAUAGAUCAUGUCUCAAUCAAUGGUUCAAUUAAACCGGGAGAACGCUAUUUUGGAAACUUAAAUAUGUCAUUUGAAUUCAUUGAAGGUGAAUCUCUACUAAUGUCACUCUCGAAUUUCGCCUUGAGCUCAGGAUCAGCAUGUACUUCUGCUAGUCUGGAACCAAGUUAUGUAUUGAGAAGUUUGGAUGUUAGUGAAGAGCUUGCGCAUACUUCGAUAAGAUUUGGACUAGGUAGGUUUACUAUGGAAUCUGAAGUUGAUAUGGCACUGGAGUCAAUAACAAAAGUAGUUGAAAAACUUAGGAACCUGAGCCCACUGUACGAAAUAUUGCUAGAGAAGAAAAUGUACAAGUAUGAUCCUGAAGUACCACUAGUUAAAAUACACAUAGGAAAGUGGAUUUUUAGGUGCCUGGGCUGUAAUAGCAAAGAACAGGAUGAAACUGAAUACAUAGAUCUAAGUAAAAUAAAAAAUGUUGAUGAAGUCCUACACAUCAAUGAUUUAAUCGUCUCCAAACCAGAACUUUACGUGGAAACACCAAAAUCCUAUUAUGUGACAAGAAAAUUAGAUAAUUGUGAAAGUGAAAAGUUCGGAGGUGUGAAGCCAACAACAGCAAUUCCGAUACAAAACCAAUGGCCCUCAGAAACAAGCUCCGAGAACUCGACACCCAACCAAAUUUUAAUAAAGGAAUUCUCAUCAAAAAAUCAAAAACGUGAUGGAAAGGAUAAUUACACUGAAAAUAACAAGAUUGUGGUUCAACUUUCUAAUAUAACUGGAUUCUUGGAAAAAGAAAGUGAUAAACAGUUAACAAUCUCAGAAUCUAUUGCAAUUGCCGAAAAAAUAUACCAAAAUGAGAAAAGGCAAAUUAUGAACCUGGGAAAAGCGGAAAAUCAAGAUUCUAAAAGUACAAAUUACGUGGAAUCCGAUAAGAUUAAGUAUAUGGAAUUCAAUAAUCCAUUCGAAAUGAAGGAAAUUGACGAGAAAUAUACAUUAUCUAGAAAGGAAUCGCCAAAUAGCAUAAUAACAAACGAAAAUUACAAAAAAGAAACGAAGAGGGGGAAACUGUCCCAUAUCUGUGAUGUGUCAGAUGAUAGUGAUGAAGAUGAGGAAUCGCUGGCGAGUAGGGUGUGGAAUAUGUUCAUGAAAGUGUCUUCAGCUGGUAAUAAUGAUGACCAACAAGUGAGAAAUAGGAAACAAAUUAAUAAUAAUAUGACAAAGGAAAGAUUUAAGAGUAAAAUUCCUUUGGAAAAUGAGGAGAAAAUUAACAGAGGAGAACAUAUCUGGAAGGGUAAUGGAAAGGAUAAAGGAGUAAUAAAUGAGAAGCAGUGGAUAAAGGAAAACUACAAAGUGUCUUCAGGAGAAGCCUUGGAAAUAGUGGAGGGAACGAUUAGAAAAAUAAAUAACCUUUUAUAA